GAAGAUCGCGUUAUCCCCAAUCGCGAGCUUCUCCGGGACGAGAUUAGGGUUUACGACUUGGACCGACGGGUCAACGGGACGAAGAGUGGCUGGUUGGGGAAUAACGACGCGGCUGGGUCGGAGAUGUUGCUGGGUUUGGAAACCAUGAGGCGGCUGACGGAGAAAAGGUCGCCAAUGGAGGCCAAGUCGAGGAAAUUGGGAGGGGAAGCUCGGUACAGAGCGUAGGCUUGACAUGAGUAGGUGGUUUGGGUUUGGUUCGGGUUGCAAGUGAACCCUUGGGUGAUUGGCGGGUUUAGAGGUUGAAACUGUGAUCGGCAAUGCAGAAUGAAUUUGUCGUAGUUGAGGAAGAAGAUGAUUAGAAGGGAAAUGGGCAAUUGGGUUUUGU